AUGCAGUCAAUCCCUGCCCCGGUUGCUGAUAAUGACUGGAAUGAAGAGAUUUUCGAGGUAUUACUGUUGGACUCUGAGUCUGCCUUUGCUUUCAGUUUUGCUAAAGACUCAGCUAAAAAGUGGAAGAUUCUCUCUCAGCAAGGGUGCUUCAAAUCUGUUGAUAAACUCGUGAUGAUGUUUGAAAGGAAGAUUGAUUGGUGUGUUAAGGAGAUUCUCACAUAUGAAACUCAAGCUAUAACAUCUCUUUGA